AUGGACGACUACUGGCAGGUAGAUGAUGAGAGAGUGUGGAGACAAAGAGGCACAGAGAAGCAGAAACCUUUGAGUGUCACGCUCAAAAAAUAUUCAUUGACGAUCGCCGCAUUCUCUAUGCUUUCGCAUGUGUUUCUAGAUGGUCUCUUAUCGGUUUCUUUGCUCUCAGCAGUCAUGUUCACAUAUGUUCUAUCGUAUAGAAAAGCUCGAGUGAAUGUAUGUGAAACAUAUUACGACUUGAGAAGGAACUAUUACAAAACAUGUGUUCUCAUUUUCUCAUCAACGUUCCUUGCGAUUCUGCGAGUUGCUUUUAUUUCGUUGAGUGAUGAAUCACGAUUCUCAUUGUACCUCGCUUAUCUGGCCCUAUUUCUCGCAUUCACCGAGAAUCUUCAAAUGAUGAGUGAAGCUGAAUCCUACACACCUCCACCGCCUCCUCUAGUUUAUGCGAGAAGAAUGCCACGGUAUGCAGCGGCUGGAUAA